AUGAAGAUCAAGCUUACGUGGUCAGCCCUUGUGCUGGCCUCGCUCUCUCUCGUCUACGCUGACGACGCAACGUGCGCAGCGCCUGCUGCAGCAAACGCUACCCAGGCUGUCCCCGUUCCCCAAUCCUUCCCCGUUCCCACAUACUCUCAGGCUCCCCUCGCUGGCUGCUACUGCACAUGCACGUCCGGCUGGAAUCCCUCUGGUGGUCCUUGGGGCUCCAACGGCGGCUCUGGCUCCGGCGGUUCGGGCUCCGGUAGCGGUGGCUCUGGCUCCGGCUCUGGUGGUUCGGGCUCCGGUGGCUCCGGUGGAUCUGGUGGCUCCGGUGGAUCUGGUGGAUCUGGUGGGUCUGGUGGAUCUGGUGGAUCUGGUGGAUCUGGUGGAUCUGGUGGAUCUGGUGGAUCUGGUGGAUCUGGUGGCUCUGGUGGAUCUGGUGGAUCUGGUGGCUCUGGUGGAUCUGGUGGCUCGGGUGGCUCGGGCGGAUCCGGCGGAGGCUCUAACGGUGGUGGCUCUAACGGCGGAGGCUCUAACGGUGGUGGCUCUAACGGCGGAGGCUCUAACGGUGGUGGCUCUAACGGCGGAGGCUCUAACGGCGGGGGCUCUAACGGCGGAGGCUCUAACGGUGGCGGCAACAAUGGCGGAGGCUCUAACGGCGGAGGCUCUAACGGCGGAGGCUCUAACGGUGGCGGCAACAACGGUGGUGGCAACAACGGUGGUGGCAACAACGGUGGUGGCAACAACGGUGGUGGCAACAACGGUGGUGGCAACAACGGCGGCGGCAACAAUGGUGGCGGCAACAACGGUGGUGGCAACAACGGCGGCGGCAACAAUGGUGGCGGCAACAACGGUGGUGGCAACAACGGCGGCGGCAACAAUGGUGGCGGCAAUAACGGUGGUGGCAACAACGGCGGCGGCAACAAUGGUGGCGGCAACAACGGUGGUGGCAACAACGGCGGCGGCAACAAUGGCGGUGGCAACGGAACUGGCAACGGCAACGGCAACUCUGGUGUCGGUGACGGUGUCGGCAACGGCAAUGGCAACCUCGGCUCGAACAACGGAAACAACAACGGAAACAACAACUCCGGUUCGCUUGACGGUUCGCUCAAUGGCAACGGCAACUUGGGUUCCAACAACGGCAACAACAAUGGCAACAACAACUCGGGCAGCCUCGACGGUACUGGCAACGGUAACCUCAAUGGUGGCUCGAACAACGGCAACAACAACGGUAACAACAAUUCCGGUUCCGGUGAUGGUUCGUUGACCGGUAACGGUAACUUGGGUAGCAACAACGGAAACAACAACGGAAACAGCAACAGCGGUUCCGGCGAUGGUACUGGCAAUGGCAACCUGAACGCCGGUAGCAACAAUGGCAACAGCAACGGUAACAACAACAGCGGCUCGCUUAACGGUUCUGGGGACGGCAAUGCCAACCUGGGCAGCAACAAUGGCAACCAGAACGGUAACAGCAACUCUGGUUCAGGCAACGGCAGCCUCGACGGCAACGGAAACCUGGGCAGCAACAACGGCGACAAGAACGGAAACUCCAACUCUGGUUCGGGCAACGGCGUCGCUGACGGAAACCUCAACGCUGGCUCGGGCAACGGUGACCAGAAUGGCAACUCCAACAGCGGCUCGCUCAACGGCGUCGGUGAUGGAAACGGCAACCUUGGCUCGAACAACGGAGACCAGAAUGGAAACAACAACUCUGGCUCCGCCAACGGUGUCGCUGAUGGAAACAUCAACGCUGGCUCGAACAACGGCGACAAGAACGGCAACAACAACAGCGGUGCCCUGAACGGUGUUGCUGACGGAAACGGCAACCUUGGCUCGAACAACGGAAACGAGAACGGAAGCAACAACCCGGGCUCCGCCAAUGGUGUCGCUGAUGGCAACGCUAACCUUGGAUCCAACAACGGUGACAAGAACGGCAACUCGAACACGGGUGCUGGCAACGGCGUCGCUGACGGAAACCUCAACGCCGGCUCCGACAAUGGCGACAAGAACGGCAACAACAACAGCGGUGCCCUGAACGGUGUUGCUGAUGGCAACCUCAACGGCGGCUCAGGCAACGGUGACCACAACGGCAACAACAACCCUGGUUCGCUCAACGGUGUUGCUGAUGGCAACGGUAACCUUGGAUCUGACAACGGAGACAAGAACGGCAACAGCAACACAGGUGCUGCCAACGGCGUCGCCACGGGUAACGGCAACUUGGGAUCCGACAACGGCUCGCAGAACGGCAACUCCAACAGCGGAGCCGCCAACGGAGUUGGCGAUGGAAACCUCAACGCUGGCUCGGGCAAUGGUGACAAGAACGGCAACAACAACAGCGGUGCCUUGAACGGUGUCGGUGAUGGCAACCUCAACCUCGCCUCCGGUGCUGGUAACAACAACGGCAACAACAACUCUGGAUCCGGAAACGGAAUCCUCAACGGCAACCUCAACUUGGGCGGUGGCCAGCUCGGCAGCAACAACGGUAACUCCAACACUGGUACUGGCAACGGUUCGGGUGCAGGCAACGGCAACCUGUCGCUCGGUGACAACACUGUGGGCUCGAACAACGGCAACGGUGGCACCAGCUCGGGUCAGGGAACUGGCAACGGUAACGCCAACUUGAUCCUUGGUUCCGGCAACAAAGUUGGCAGCGGCGACUCGGGAAGUGGAAACGGUAACGGCAACAUCAUCAUUGGUAACGACCAGACGGUGGGCAGCGACCAGUCCGGAUCGGGACACGGCAAUGGAAACAUCAUCGUCGGUACCGGGUUGGGAAUCGAUAUCGGACCCCCCGGCACGGACAACUUCCACAUUCACUUGAGGAGGGCUCGUCCCCUGGGCAGCGGUAGGCUGUGGGGCAACGCCGCCGCCAACGUUGUGGCUUAA